CUUGUAUUCUUCGGAUGACCUCCAGUCGACCUUGAGGACCUAUAAACGGUCUACCGAUCGUCAUGAUAGUGGUUUUGCAGCCGACUGAGUUGAUUGUUCUCGUCCGUGCAAUAAAUUCACUUGGAAAACUAGGACAUGAGGUUUACUUUGAAUGCGGCACAAAUGAUUUAAAGAUCAAAACAGUCAACGCCACGAGGUCUUCUUUUGCUUCAGUUCAUUUUAGGGAAGUGUUUUUCGACAAGUUCUCAAGCCCUUUACCUAGCGGGUCUCUGCAACGUUUUAAAAUCCCUAGUAGUUCAUGUUCUAACGUCUUCAAACUUACUUCCGCAAUGGAGAGAUUCGUUCUUAAAUGCAAGAUGUUCUUAUCAUCCCAGGAUACUGUUCUGACUGUUCAGUACUUCUGUAAAUUCGGAAUCGUUAAGACGUAUAACAUGUCAAUCAUCGAUUGUGAACAGUUAGAAGCUGUUUACUCAUUAGAAGAAAGCGCUAAUCAUUUGGUUAUAUCAGCACGUUUACUGGGAGAAAUUAUCAACAAUUUUCGCCAGUCUUCUGAAGAGCUAACAAUUCUUUUAGAUUCGGGGGAAUGCACUUUUCAGAAUCACACAUUUCAAACAGGUCCCUCUAUGAUAACAACACAAAUUCCUCUGAAUGCUACUGAAUUUGACGUCUACCGUGUCCAUUCAAAAUGUGAAGUCACAUUCUGCCAAAAGGAAUUACGGGUCAUUUUAUCAUUCUGUGAGUUGAUUUCUCCUAUGAUAAGAAUUUAUUGUGAUCGACCGGGCAAACCUAUAAUUUUUGCUUGUACUCACGAGGCAAGACUCAGUGCUCGGUACGUAUUUGCGACCUUCCCUUCAGAUGGAUCUUCACUUCCAAAUUCCCAGCGCUCUGAGUGUAGCCGUCGUUUGUCAUCAAGCAGAACUCCUGUUCCACUACAACAUAUAAGUACUUUAUCGACGGGCGAAAAGUAAUUUUCGUUGUUUAUAGUGCUACGUAUGAUUUUUUAAAUAUAAACUUUGUGAGAUACAUUACCUAAAAUCACACACAACUUGGACCGAUAGCUGACUGACAUCUGUCACAAGCUGAUAAACUUACCGAGUGUUGUAAGCUAUUUUGACACAGGAAGUUUAUAUUAUUUAAAAUAUUUCCGACACCUUUCGUCAUUGUGAUGGAGUUUGUAUAACCAUAAUAACCUAUCUAUGCCAUUCUAGCUGACAUUUGUUAUUAGUCCUGGAUUUUUAAAAAUAUUGAUCGGAUAAUAUUAAGACCAGCAGGGGCAACCAAUCUGCAUAUACGUACAAAAAUAUACGUUGAAAUUAAAGUAGUGAGCAUAUAAACUUUUCAUUAAACCAAAAGUCUACCACCCAUUCGGAUAGUAGUAUUAGUUUGAUCGUUUGCCUCCGGUAAAUUAACGAGCUAGACACAGAUAUAAGAAAACGAUCCAAAAUUAUCAGUAAACAUUAUGUUAAUAGCCAUAAAAACAGAGAGAUUGAAACCUUUUCUUUAUACGAGAAAGGAAUCACUGAUUAACUUUUGGUUGGUAACUGAAGUUAACAGCAUAAGUAGCUUCACUUCUGUUAACUAUGAUUGCAACUCCUUAGAUUGAACUCAAAAAUUACCAGCGUUAGUUCACGUCAGGUUUUUAAAUCUACCGUACUUAACUGUUAUGAGAUGUUCACUUUAAGCAGAUAGCUUUUUCACAAGUAGGUUCCGCAUACAACAUUGGCCAUUGUUAACAAGAUCUCGUUAUGUCUAGGACUGUGUGGAAGAGUGAAAAAAGUACAGCUUAUUAAUGCUGCCUUUGUUUUCAGAUUUGUAUUUCCUCAUAUACCACUAUAAUUGAUGAGCAGAUGUUUUUCAUAGCCUUCAAAGUGAUGAUACUGUCCUUGCGAAUAAAGAAAGUAAUCCAAAUGUUUUAUCAUCCAGAUGUAUGUUAUCUCAAGAAAAUGACCAUGACACUCAAAUCUUACGGUCGGACGGAAAGUUGUCUUUUAUAAAUAACGAAAAUAAUGCUCCAAAAGUAAACCAACCAGUGCUUAAUCCACACCAGGAUCACGGCCGUUGUGACGAAAUCCCUUCUAAAAAGACUCGUUCUCUCCUUUUUUCGAAUUUCCAAACUAAAGAUAAUUCCAGUGUAUGUAAUUUAGAAGACAACACAAAAACAGUUGUGCUAUAUCAAAAUAGUUUAUGGGAUGGAACGGCAUUGAAAGAAAAUGUUCUAAGUUCAACAGUUAUGAAUCAGGAAUCUACAUUAGGCGGACAAACUGUACUUGUUGCUGAUUCAGACGAUGACGAAUAAUGUACUAUUUCCUGUGAUAACAUAUUAUCCCACCAUGUAUAGAUCUUUAUUUUAAUAUACAUCAACCUAAUGAAGUUAUUUUGCGUAGAUUAACAAUGGAUUUCAACAAAUCUUCUAUUACAUAUCGCUUAUACAGAUUGAAAAAAUAGACAAGUUUUUUCUCUUGAAAUAUACGUAUCUUUUCAGUGACACGGCUGUGUACUUUUAAAUUCUGUGUAUAGGCAAUUUAUUCCCUCAAAACAUGCAUAUCAUAAAAAACUUAUCAACACCUUUGGUUUAUGUCGUUCAAUCGGAAGAGCUUAAUGGUUCGUCAUAAUUGUUUCACUAUGCAACAAUGUAAAUAAGAAUGAAAGUCCUAGAAAUUUCUAAGUUCCAAGUCUUCCAUCGAUGCAAUUCUAAGCUUCUAAUAGGCGUCAACGUUUUUAAAUUUUCACACAGCUCUUUCAGAUAGAUGAUAUUAAGUAAAAAACUCAGACUCAAGACUUCUCAAUCUCAUUUUCAAACACCAGAUACAAGUAAAGAAGAAAAUAUUAAGUGUAAAUAGUCAUGUUAUGUCUUAUAACCGUUGACUAAUGCUGCGUUUCAGGUCACCAAUCAGAAUCCUAAUUCUAAUUUGGUCUAUUUCGCAUCUACUGUUUGCUUGAUAAUCUAAUGAUUCAAUUUUCUCAGUUAGAUUAACUGAUAUCAUAGCUAGAAUCUGGGAACUGGACAUAAAUCUAUCUGACUGGUCUCGAUUGCUGAUUGUUCCAGUCUAUGACAAAGGACAAAAAUCAUCUUGUGACGAUCAGAGGAAUCACUUUAAAUAUUAUAGCGUCCAAAAAAUUAUCCUCAAUAAUACUUUGAAAUUUACCUAGAGCAUGUGGAGUGCAAACUCUGGAAAACCAAGCUGUAUGAACCAAACAUUCACUCUUCGGUAGGCUCUGAAACAAACAUACUUUUUGACGUCCGACUAUAGUUGUAUUUCUUAACCUUGAGGCGGCGCCCGGCUCUGUUGAUCGUGACGUUCUGUGGCAGUAUCGGCCAUUGAAAGGUAUACCAAAAAGUACAUUAACCUUGUACAGGCUCUCUAUGCAAACACUACUGGUCGAGUCAAAGCUUAUGGUUAACUAUCGUAGGAAUUGGUUACUUCAACUGGUCCUCGUAAGGGUUGUCUGCCUUGGUGAUUUUUAUUUAACUUUCUUAUAUACAUCUUUUUAUAGAUAAAACUUUCAACGCCUGACUUUUCAGGAAUUGAUCUGAUGAGAGAUCCACUUGUUGAUUUAGAAUAUGCGGACGAUAUAUUCCCUUUUGGUGAAGACCUUGACAAAAUACAGUCUUCUGACCACAUUAAGGAACAAUGCGAGCAUGUUUGGUAUGGGCUUCUGUCCUUCCAAAUAUGAAAUGUUAUUUCAGAGUAGGCUUGCAUCAGUACCUGAAUUAAUGAAAGGGAAUGAAGCUUGUGGACGCAUUGACCGCUUCAUUUAUCUUAGGAGUCUGAUCAGUCCUCAUGGUUUGGUGUCUGACUAGAUCUCGGCGCAGAUUAAAAAGGCUCAAUUGGCUUUUGCCAACUUGCUUCACUUAUGGAGUAGGCGAGAGAAUAAAACUCCACCAAAAUCAUCCACCUGAGCUACAAAUCUUCACCAUCUCGAGAUAACCAUCUUCCAACCAAACGAAUAGACAUGAACGCGCAUAUGAAUUUCUACUGAAGGGAGGGAUUUUUAAAAGAAAAAAACAGUUUAAAACGAAAUGUAGAUCAAAUAGAAUUUAUUUAUUUUUAUUAAAAUUCAAAGAAGAAAAAAAACUAUAACAGAAAU